GUUGUGUUGAUUGAACAAUAGGCAAACACCUACACUUAAGGUUAGACACACGCUCAAACACAUUCAAAGCACACAGCAUUCAGUACACAUACACAUACAAUAAACCAUAUACAUACAAUCCGAAGAAGUCUCAAUUUGCGGACAAAAUGAAACGAAUUUACGCCGACACCUAUGUGCCCAAAUACCACAGUGGCAAAUGGUCUUGGGACAAGAAAGCUGAUAGUCUGCACUUUGAGCCCCAUAACGAUUUGUCAGACGCAAGGGAGCGGUAUAUUGAGACAAACGGAUUCAAGUUUCUUCGCACAAUCAAUCAAGAGGAGGAGUUGAUCUUUCGACAGGAGUUUGUGCGUUCCGCAUCCACUUUCGAUACGGACACAGUGGUCAUUAAUGAUGUUCGCGAUCUGGUGCUAUUUUUAAUGCCAAAAGAAUUUUUGAGCAUGAAAUUCCUUGAUUUUAUGCAUAAGCCCGCUGUGCACAGAGUACUCCAUGCUCUCAUCAUAUACUUUGAGUACUUUCUGCGCAUGGUCGAGUUUGUGCUGAUCCGCCGUGAUGAGAUUGCUGGCGACAUGGCACAGAUUCAGAGCGAGCAGACAAAUGAUACGAAGCGCAUAUUCUCGAUCUAUUUGAGCCAAUAUCGCAUGCUGGUGGCCCGUAACUACAGCGCGAUCCUAAAGGGUGAAGGCGACAUGGCACAGUUUUAUCACAUGACGGAGAUUGUCAAUAUUUCGGCGACGAUCAAGGACAAGUUGUUUCACGAGCAGUUCCUUGCUGUCGCCAUACAGAUCGUUUGGAUAACGAUGCACAGGCGUGCCUACAAUGUGAUCGAAAUGGAGAUGAAUCGCUUGUUUCGCUCCGAACACUUUGUGAUGAAUCGUCCAGAGUAUCUGAAGUUUACACCUGCUGAACGAAGUUUGCUUUAUGGGCGCCUUAACAAGAUUGUCAACUAUCGCACGCAGGUGUCGCCGUUGAUUCAGGAACUGGAGCAUAUAGCCGAGGAGGAUCUGCCCAUACUGUGGAUAGGGGAUCGCAAAUAUCGCGGCACCGAUACACGCAUUGUCCAGAUCGAGCUGGAGUAUAUUGUGCCGGGGCCGCAGCUGUUCAUGAUCGAUGUGGCACAUGGUGUGCUGGGGCAUCCAAAGAUCUUGUAUGACACAAUACUGACAUUGAAUUGGCCCUCAGUGCGUUUUGGCAACUACUCCCUAGAGCAUGAUCCGUAUCACAUUGUGCGGCAACCGUAUCUGCAGAUACCCAAAAUUGAUGAGAUAAAGAUGCGCAAAAUGGCCAAGCAUUACGAUCACUUCUUUCAGGUGUACCGCAUCUAUGAGCCGUGCAGCUUACAAACACUCUACAAGUGGUGUCGUCGUGACAAAGUCGUCCACUUUUAUCGCAGCGGUGGCGUCCUGCAGGACAUCUACUUGCGCUGCCAAAACGAUCUGGAAGACGAGUCAUAUGGUGCUCCUGUUGACCAAAUUAUUACCAAAUACUUCAAACUUGUAUCCAGACUCCGUAAACACACUACUCCUUUGACACGUGAUGAUCUUUCCAGCAAAGCUGUUUCGAAACUUUCGAUUUUAUCCCAGACGAAGCGGCCAAAGUUAGAUGAUCAUUACUUUGAUUAGGGUUCGCAUCUAAUUGCCGAUCUUUGAUAAGGCAAUCUAAAAUAAACGAGAAUACCAAAAUUUUUUGUUUACUAUAUCAUAUUUGCUUUAUAGAUGGAUAUCACCAUCUGUAAGAAAAUAAUAAAAUUAAUGGCAUAGUAUAUCAUACUUAAAUAUAUAUAAAACCCAAUAAAAAACGAUUUUCUUUAUUCCCGA